AUGAAGGUGAUUAAAAUAAGAAAAAAUUUAGCUAAUUUAGAUGCUUUUCUUUCUCAAAAGAAAAGAAAAAUAUCUAAUAAUCUUAAUUCAUGCCCACAACAUUUAACACAAAGUCAGAAUCUAAUUCAAAUAAUUCUCUCUUGUACUCUUCCUCUAUCCAUUGUUAAUAAUAAUGAAUUUAGACAAUUUUGUAGUUCACUUGAUUCAAGUUUUAUGAUUCCCAAUAGUGAAACUAUAAGAAAUACAAUUAUUAAUGCAUAUAAUCAAAUUAACAGACUUAUUCAAAAUAAAAUAAUAGAAACUGUGGAUAUUACUAAUAAUAAUGAUAAUGUGAAAACUGCUUUGUCACAAAUGCAAAUUGAAAUUAUUCUAUAUUUGGCAAAUAUCUUAAAAAUUAGCAUUGAAUUGGAAUUGCCAUAUGCUAAAGACAUUUUAAACAAGUCAAAAAAGUUAAUUGAGAUUUUAGACAAUAACACAAAUCAUCAAAAAUUAAGAGACAUUCAACAACAAAUUGAUCGAACAAUUGAAAAUCUUAAGCAGCAUCUUAGCAUUUAUCAACCUAAAAAUGAUAUCAUUCAACAGAUAAUAGAUAAUAUACUAGACAAUCUUAAAAAGAACUUUGAAGUACCUUCAACUCUUGGACUAUAUAGGUCUUUUUUUGAUUCUCAUUUCAAAAAGCUGCUUUAUAUUGAUAGUGAACUUCGAUGCCAAAUUUUAAAUAAUCUUUGUGAACAAUUUACGAAACUUGUAGAACCAGCAACUUCUAACACUUUAGGUUCAAAUUCAAAAAUGUUGGCAUUUUUUCAUAUAUUUAUUCAAGAAAAUAGACAAACGGAAUUUGAUAAAUAUCUUGAAUUACCUCAAUUGCCUGUAACUGAGAAUAAUAAUUCUUUGAGAUG